CUGUUAUAAAGCCCGCAGCUGAUCAGCAGCCUGCAGAAACGCGAGGAGGCGCCGCUCCGGGACCGGAAGCCAGCGCUCUUUAAAUGUGGCUUCUUACGUAAAUGGGAGCGAUCAGCACAUCGGGCUGCAUGUGAAGCGGUGAAGCGGAGCCUGCAUGGGACCAGAGUGCCUGUGACACAGCGAUAUCUGUGCUGCUUCAUAACGGAGGCACGGAGCCUCACUGCGGGAACCUGCGGCUCGGAGGGGGAGCUGUCCGGUACUGUCCAGGAUUGUCAGUUGCUGUCCGUUCUGUACUGGCGCUGUCCGGUGCUGUCCAGGGCUGUCCGGUGCUGUCCAGAGCUGUCGGGUGCUGACCGUUGCCGUCCGGAGGAUUUCGGUGCCGUCUGGAGAUUUUCGGUGCUGUCCGGUGCUGAAGUUGCGCUUCUGCCGCCCGGAGAGACGCGCCACAGCAGAUCAGCUUCGCCCCGGUCCUGUGCUGGCAUUUCAGCCACGACACGCCGAGACCACUCGGUGUUGAAGCCCCUUUAACAGCGGUGCAUGAGGAGGAGGAGAAGAAGAAGAAGAAGAGCCGAGAGCGAAGGAGCGCUUCGUGCAGGAUUAAAACAUGCCGAGGUCUUUCCUGGUGAAGAAGGUGAAGCUGGAUGAUUUUUCAUCUGCUGAUAUCGUGAGCUCAUAUGGAAGAUCCAGGACCGACCUCAGCCUGCGUCUUCACGAAAAAGGGUACAUCAGCGACUACAUCACCCCGUCUGUUUACGAUGGUGACAGCGACAGCGCCAUUAAAGUGCCCUCCCCUGAGCCCCUCUACGUCGGCAUGCACAGAGAUUACGGAGCGCCUGACUCGGACCAGCCCGACAGCCCGCAGUCAGAGAUCACGUCGGGCUACAUCAACGGCGAUGCCGCCGUCAGCGAAGGCUACACCGUGGACGCCUUCUUUAUCACGGACGGCCGAUCGCGCAGGAAAGUCGUCAGCAGCCCCCGGACGGUACAGCGGCACACGUGCAGCGAGUGUGGAAAGACGUACGCCACGUCGUCCAACUUGAGCCGGCACAAGCAGACGCACCGCAGUCUCGACAGCAAGAUGGCCAAGAAGUGCCCAACUUGCGGCAAGGUGUACGUCUCCAUGCCAGCCAUGGCCAUGCACCUGCUGACCCACGACCUCAAGCACAAGUGUGAAAUCUGCGGCAAGGCGUUCAGCCGGCCCUGGCUGCUGCAGGGACACAUGCGCUCACACACGGGCGAGAAGCCCUUCGGAUGCGCUCACUGCGGAAAGGCGUUCGCGGACCGCUCCAACCUGCGGGCGCACAUGCAGACGCACUCCGCCUUCAAGCACUUCAAAUGCAAACGAUGCAACAAGACCUUCGCCCUCAAGUCCUACCUGAACAAGCACUACGAGUCGGCGUGUUUCAAAGGCUCCUUCUCGCCUCUGAGUCCACUCGAAGCAUGACUCCCUCACUAAAAACAUACAGAACCUUAUUUCUCAUUCAUUUUUUUGUUUUCUGUGAAACCUGAUGAUAGCACAAUUUCUUCAGUCAUGAACUUUGAACUGAGGGAACCGUUUUGCAUGUAACUACAGGAAACUAACUUUUUCUCCAAGGGGUCUCUAUAAUACAAUCUUUAGAACUUAAAUAUUAUUAAUUUUGUUGGAAGACUAUAAAAAUGUCUAUUUCUCACAAAGGUCAAACUUUUUUAUUAUCGGAUAAUAUUGUACUGCUGCCAGUGACCACACAGCAUUCAUCAUCAAGGUAAAGCUAUUUAUUUAUCAAUUUAUUUACUUAUUUGUUUGUUUAUUUAUUUGCCCAUUGUUUUUUGUCAAACCAUAUCAGAUCUUCAUUUGCACUUUAUCAUUUCGCUAAGCCCUCACCAUUAAAAUGCCAAAGCUUUUGUCACUUUUUAAACAAUUCCUUUCUUUUAUUCAGUUAAUACCUUUUUAAAGUUAUUGCAUGCAAAAAAAAAAAAAUAAUAAUAAUCUAUGCCAAUCUUAUGAAGCUUUUGAUUUUGCCAAAACCUAGAUAGAAUCAGUGGGCAAUAUUUCUUGGAAGACUCACAAGGAAAUACACAGCAAUAAAUACUUAAUGCAUGGUACUUUUUAAAAAUUAAAAAAUAGUAUCUAUAAUAACACUUUUAAAAAUCAGGUAUGGUUUAAUCCAGUAUUCUUAUUAAUCACACAAAGACAAUAUCAGGGAAAAUGCCAAUGUAGUGUUAGGAAAUCACCAAUUAAACAUGAAAAGAGAAUCUUCCUUUGGUAUAUGGAUAUGCACUGCCUGCCUCUUGUUUAAAGUAGCUUUAGGAUGUAGGCUUCUAGUGCUGAGCAAUCAGCUCCAAGCAAUUCAGUUUCUCCAGAUCUGAGAAAACCCCACUGAGGCAACAAUAUGGGCGCUCAGGCGAUAAUAACGUCACUCAGAAAGGACAUAAUCGCAGCAAUGAGAGCUACUCUCGAACCAGACAUGUUGCACUGUAAUCCGAUUGUGAGAAAAGAUGCCUUGUUUUAGCCACGUGGAGGGUCCCCUAAGGUUUGCUUAAAAGCACUUAGAAUAUACUUCCAACUUUAAAAGUAGCACAAAACCCUAUAGAUUCAGGUAGAAGGAACUUGAUAGCUUGACCUCUGUUUUUGUAUCAAGAAUAAAAAUUAAAUAAAUGUUAAUUGCAAAAUGCUUGUAAGGAAUCCUUUGGAAUUUAGCAUUUUUACUGUACCUGCGGAGAAUCGAGGUGUCUUCUUUCUGGGGUACAAACAUUUCCUGCAGAGUUUUGAGCCAGUAUUCAAUGGUGUAAGCACAAUGACACUGGGGAUUCUGUUGCACUUCAUAAUAAAGAAUAAAUAAAGACUC